GCCCUCAGCCCGUUCAGUGACAGCCCGCAGCCGAAGAUGGUGGCGGCGGCGGCGCCCCGCGCCCCUUUGCACCCGCACUCCCACGGCCGCGCCUGAGCCGCCCUGCCUGGAGGAGCGGGCGGCAGCGCCCUCCCCCCGCUAUCGCCCGGGCGCGAAGCUCCUUGCCCUCGGCGGCAGGGCGCCUCCCCGCCGGAAGGGUAAUUGAAUUAACUCGCCAGCAGGGAGCCGGGGCCGCCAGGGCCCCCGGACGUAGACACGAACGGAGGCGGCGGCCGCCCCAAGCGCUGAGCCCGGCCGGCGGCGCCUGCGCCUGGCCUUGGCGGAGCCGGGCGGCCGGCGGCUGAGGGGGCUGCCGCUCCGGCGGGACUGUGGGGGCCGACCCCCAUCCCCGGCCGGUCCCUGCGCGCCGGGAGCCCGUCAGGAAAGAGCGGGGCGGCUCCGAGGCCGAAGGCCCCACCGGUGGGAGUGGAGCCCCCACCCCGGCGAGUGCGAACGGCCGCGCCAGCCCCAGGGGGCGGCAGGGAGCAGCACAGGCCGGCGGCUGCCGCACCACAGCGUGGCGGCUGCGUCUCCCGGGAGUCCCGAGGCUGCCGGUGCGGGGGGAAUUUGGGGAGGAGGAAAAUAACCCGGCACCAAGCGCUGGGCUCUGCCGGAGCAGUGCGGGCUGCGGGCGGGAGCCAGACAGGGCCAAGUCGGGCUUGUUCCUCCGUGUCAACGUCAGGAGUGGGGAUGGUGCGGCCGCGGUGAGAGCCACACGCUGCCAACACGCCUGGCCUGGGGAGGGACGGGGCUUUCUCCCUUCCUCUUCCUCUGCGGUACGCUGCAAAAAAGAUGGAGAAGAGGCCCUUUCCCGAAGAGGGCUACUUGUCACUCUCCCGAGACUGAGCUGCACUUAUUGGAAAGGACCUGGGGAGUGAUUGCAAAACUGUAACUAACUUGGAACAAAUCGCGGCUAGUUUGUGGACAGCCAGCUGGACAUACCUACUACAUCGUUAGAUUGGAAUAUGUGGGCCUGCCUAGGUCCCAGUCUCCUGUUUGUCUUGCUCCGUUUGAAGGAUGAGUAACUGAAUCAUGUGGACCUGCCUGGCGGUUUCUUUAAACAGGCAGUGAUUUCUCAAGGAAUUUAAAAGCAACUGUCCUAGGAAAAGCCCCAAGUCUGAAAGUUAAAGGAUCACUCUAUUUAUUGUUUUUAAAGUCCUAAGGACCCAUCUCCUAAAGUGCUUAAAGAAAAUUUGACAACAUGGCUUCCCCACCGCACCAGCAGUUACUGCAUCACCACAGCACUGAGGUGAGCUGCGACUCCAGUGGAGACAGUAACAGUGUGAUGGUCAGAAUCAACCCCAAACAGCACCAGGGUUGCUCCUCUUCCAAGCAUUGCAAGUACAGCAUCUCCAGCUGUAGCAGCUCUGGGGAGUCAGGAGGUGCCCGCAGAACAACAGGAGGAGGGGGAAGCAGUGGUGCAGGUUUGCGCAAGAAGAAGCUGCCACAGCUUUUUGAGAGAGCCUCCUCCAAGUGGUGGAACCCCAAGUUUGACUCCAACAACCUGGAAGAGGCCUGUAUGGAGAGAUGCUUCCCGCAGACCCAGCGUAGGUUUCGCUAUGCCCUUUUCUACAUAGGUGUGGCCUGUCUCCUCUGGGGUAUAUAUUUUGGAAUCCACAUGAGAGAGAAACUGAUUGUCUUCAUGGUGCCAGCUCUGUGCUUUCUCUUAGUAUGUGUAGCAUUUUUCCUGUUCAGUUUCACUAAGACCUAUGCCCAGCAUUAUGUGUGGACCUCACUGAUCCUCACCCUCCUGGUUUUUAUUUUGACUCUGGCUCCACAGUUCCAAGUUUUGAUACCUAUCUCAGGAAGUGAUGACGCAUCCAAUCAUACUCCCCCUGUGAGAGCCACAGACACUUGCCUUUCUCAAGUAGGCAGUUUUUCUAUGUGUGUUGAAGUGCUCUUGUUGCUCUACACAGUAAUGCACUUACCUUUGUAUUUAAGCUUGUUUCUGGGACUAUCCUACUCAGUCCUUUUUGAAACCUUUGGUUAUCAUUUCAGUGAUGAAGACUGCUUCGCACCCCUUGGAGCCAGUGUAAUUUACUGGGAACUGCUGAGUAAAGCCUUGCUUCACAUCUGUAUCCAUGCUAUUGGUAUUCAUUUAUUUAUCAUGUCUGAAGUCAGAUCAAGGAGCACAUUCUUGAAAGUGGGGCAAUCAAUCAUGCAUGGAAAAGAUUUGGAAGUGGAAAAAGCACUGAAAGAGAGGAUGAUUCAUUCUGUGAUGCCAAGAAUAAUAGCUGAUGACUUAAUGAAACAGGGGGAUGAUGAAAGUGAGAACUCAGUCAAACGUCAUUCCACCUCAAGCCCCAAAAACAGGAAGAAAAAACCCUCUAUACAGAAAACCCCCAUUAUAUUCCGUCCUUUUAAAAUGCAGCAGAUUGAACAAGUGAGUAUUUUGUUUGCGGAUAUUGUUGGCUUUACUAAAAUGAGUGCAAACAAAUCUGCCCAUGCAUUGGUGGGGCUUUUGAACGAUUUGUUUGGCCGCUUUGACCGUCUGUGUGAGGACACCAAAUGUGAGAAGAUAAGUACUUUGGGAGACUGUUAUUAUUGUGUAGCAGGAUGCCCAGAGCCCCGAGCGGAUCAUGCCUAUUGCUGCAUUGAGAUGGGUUUGGGUAUGAUUAAAGCCAUAGAGCAGUUUUGCCAAGAGAAAAAAGAAAUGGUGAACAUGAGAGUUGGAGUUCACACUGGGACAGUUCUUUGUGGCAUUUUGGGGAUGAGGAGGUUUAAGUUUGAUGUGUGGUCUAAUGAUGUCAACUUGGCCAAUCUAAUGGAGCAGUUGGGAGUGGCUGGAAAGGUCCAUAUUUCAGAAGCUACUGCCAAAUAUUUGGAUGACCGUUACGAAAUGGAGGAUGGAAAGGUGAUUGAACGAGUUGGCCAGAGUGUGGUAGCUGACCAGUUAAAAGGUUUGAAGACUUACCUGAUAUCUGGUCAGAAAGUGAAGGAGUCCCAUUGCAGCUGUUCACAGGCAUUGGUUACUGGUCUGGAGGCAGGAGAUGGAGCCAAGAUACAGGGAGCGUCAUCAGCUGAGAAUAUUGUUGACUUGGCAAAGACUCUCAAACACUCCGAGAAACACAAGACAUGUCCUUCAUGUAGUGUUACAUUUGCUCCCAGCAGUGAUGUCACUAUAGAGGAAGGAGCUAUCCAAAAUGGCUGUCAGGAUGAACAUAAAAACAAUACCAAGCAGAUUCCUGGACGACGCAGUCCAAAGACCCAGAAUGGACUUUUGAGACCUCCACAGGAUGAGAAGCUGAGCAACAGCCAGACAUCACUUUAUGAGAUGUUGCAGGAGAAAGGAAGAUGGGUAGGAGUGAGUUUGGACCAGUCAGCACUCCUUCCACUGAGGUUCAAAAACAUCAGAGAGAAGACAGAUGCUCAUUUUGUGGAUGUGAUUAAAGAAGACAGCCUGAUGAAAGACUAUUUCUUUAAACCACCAAUUAACAAGUUGAGCCUGAACUUCCUGGAUGGGGACUUGGAGAUGGCUUACAGGACCAGCUAUCAGGAAGAGGUUAUAAAGAAUGCUCCUGUGAAGACGUUUGCCAGUGCUACCUUCAGUUCACUCCUGGAUGUGUUCCUGUCCACAACAGUCUUCCUCAUACUCUCGAUCACCUGUUUCCUGAAACAUGGGGUGGCCCUAUCCCCUCCCCCACCUGCAGCAGUUGUGGUGUUCAUCAUUGCCAUCCUGCUAGAGGUGCUGUCUCUUAUCGUCUCAAUUAGAAUGGCAUUCUUUCUGGAGGAGGUGAUGAUUUGUACUAAGCGCCUGCUGGAGGUGAUUGCUGGCUGGCUGCCUCGACAUUUCAUCGGUGCAAUCCUAGUUUCCCUCCCGGCUCUUGCAGUUUUUUCACAUUUCACCUCUGACUUUGAAACCAACAUACAUUAUACCAUGUUUAUGUGUUGUGCGAUUCUCAUCACAAUUGUCCAGUACUGUAACUUCUGCCAGCUGAGCUCCUGGAUGAGAUCAUCAUUGGCCACUAUUGUAGGAGUGGUGCUCCUUAUCUUGCUCUACAUCUCUUUAUGUCCAGACAGCUCCAUUGAAACUUCCCACCUAGAUUUAGGACAGAACUUUAGCUCUAGGAAGAAUCCAUGCAACAGUUCAGUGCUAAAUGAUAUAAAGAAACCAGCAGACCGGAUUGGCCAGGAAGUGAUACUGGUUUUCUUUCUCCUACUCCUUUUGGUUUGGUUUCUGAAUCGGGAAUUUGAAGUCAGUUACCGUCUUCACUACAAUGGAGAUGUAGAGGCUGAUCUUCACCGCACCAAAAUUCAGAGCAUGAGGGAUCAAGCUGACUGGUUGCUGAGGAAUAUUAUUCCAUAUCACGUGGCGGAGCAGUUGAAGGUUUCCCAGAGCUACUCCAAAAACCAUGAUAGUGGCGGAGUGAUCUUUGCUAGCAUUGUGAACUUCAGUGAGUUCUAUGAAGAGAAUUACGAGGGGGGCAAAGAAUGCUAUCGAGUCCUAAAUGAAUUGAUUGGGGACUUUGAUGAGUUGCUGAGCAAACCACAUUACAGCAGCAUUGAGAAAAUCAAAACAAUUGGGGCAACUUACAUGGCUGCCUCUGGACUGAACACUGCACAGUGUCAGGACAAUAACCAUCCACAUGGACAUUUACAAACCCUUUUUGAAUUUGCCAAAGAAAUGAUGCGAGUGGUGGAUGACUUCAACAACAAUAUGUUGUGGUUUAAUUUUAAACUUCGUGUUGGCUUUAACCAUGGCCCUCUCACUGCUGGGGUCAUAGGCACCACCAAGUUGUUGUAUGACAUUUGGGGUGAUACCGUGAACAUUGCUAGCAGGAUGGACACUACCGGCGUGGAGUGCCGGAUACAGGUGAGUGAGGAGAGCUACCGUAUCCUAAAUAAGAUGGGAUAUGACUUUGAUUAUAGGGGGACAGUCAACGUGAAGGGGAAAGGUCAGAUGAAAACCUACCUUUACCCAAAAUGCAUGGACAAUGGGGUUGUGCCGCAUCACCAGUUAUCUAUAUCUCCAGACAUCCGGGUUCAAGUGGAUGGCAGCAUUGGGCGGUCUCCUACCGAUGAGAUUGCCAAUCUGGUGCCUUCUGUACAGAAUUCUGACAAGACAUCCCAGGGCUCAGAUAACAACUUAGAACCCAAGGAUAUGCUUCCAUCUUACAAGAAGCUCCAAAAAGAUUCAGUGAAAGCAGAAGACAGGUGCAAGUUUGGCAAAGCUGUAAAAAAUGAUUGUGAGGAAGCAGAAACUGAGGAGGUCAAUGAACUAACAAAGUUAAAUAUCUCUAAGAGUGUAUGAUGCAGUGACAGAGAGCUGCAUGAUGUGCUCUGUCCAUAGAAACACAAAGACAUUUGCAAUUGGCUGCUUUCUUUUUUGAAGAAAGAUGUUCUCAACACCUGGGUUAUUUGUUUUCAUAUUAGCACCUGAUGCUGUGUGGAUCACAGUUAUUCAGGGCUCAUUUUCAUCUAUCUCUCCCCUCCAUGCCCCUUAGCCCUCUUCCAAAACUCCCCAGCUCCCUGUGUAACCCUCUUUCAGCUGAGUGGAGCAUAUUAAGUGCCUUCAGAUAUACUCCAUUGGACUCCCUGUCUAGGUACAAAGGCCCCAAAUAAAAUCAUAGCUUUGGGUAUCUAUUAAUUUUAAAAGAAAAGCUGUGGUCAUCCUAUCAUUUUUAUUGUUUUUUCUCACAAAACACUUUUUUUGGCUAAUGCAACUC